AUGUCUUUCGGCGGCGGUGGGUUCUCUGGCUUUGGCCAGCAGAACCAGAACCAGAGCUCUGGCUUUGGUGGGUUUGGUUCCAAUACCAACAAUACUGGUUCUGGUGCCUUUGGAUCAACUCCUAGUGGCGGCUUCGGCGCUGCGAAACCCGCUUUUGGCACGACGACUACGAGCGGAGGAGGUCUCUUUGGCUCCACGACUGCUACGGCUGGCUCAAGUGGCGGCUUCGGCUCCGGUGGAUUUGGGCAAAACACGACCUCGACAUCAUCUCCCUUCGGUGGUGGCUCUUCUUUGUUCGGGGGCAACAAGACAACAACCUUCGGGUCUACACCGGCUACCGGCACUACAGGCACCUCUUUAUUCGGAGGUGGUAGCGGCGGAUUCGGCACUGGUACUACGUCCGCCUUCGGCGCAACUACCAACCCAGGUAUUGGUACCAACAUCGGCGACCCGCCUGGCACAGCACAAGUUGCUUUCACCCCAACCAUUGAGAAGGAGGUCAACAACCCCAGCCAACAGAAUUCGUUCCAGAACAUCCUCUUCAUGGAGCCGUAUAAGAAGUGGUCCAGCGAUGAGCUGAGACUCGCUGACUACAAUCAAGGUCGACGCUAUGGUGGAAACACGGGAGGCACUGGUGCUUUUGGAGUCAGCUCAGGCUUUGGCAGCACAGGAUUCGGCACCAAUACCCAAAAUACUACCACUGGUGGCUUCGGGGGUUCUAGCACUGGUACUACUUUGUUCGGCGCCAGCCAACCUGCCACGACCGGCUUCGGCCAGACGAGCAAUACAACGAGCGGUUUCGGCGGUUCUGGAGGUGGCCUCUUUGGCCAGAAUAAACCUGCGACAACGGGCGGUGGUCUCUUUGGAAGCAGCACGACUCAACCAGCACAGACUGGUGGCCUAUUUGGAUCCUCGUCCACGGGUGGUGGAUCCGGCACCAAUACCAAUACCGCAAACACAGGCGCUUUUGGCUCUACAAACACGAACACUGGUGGUGGUCUUUUCGGGUCUAACACAACCCAAAAUAAACCAUCUGGUUUCAGCUUCGGAACAGGCAAUUCAACAGGUGGCGCCUUUGGAAGCACUGGAACGCCAGGUGGUUUCGGCACGAACACAAACACAGCCACUGGAACGAGUGGUCUUUUCGGCGGUAACAAUCAGCAAAGCAACACAGGAGGUGGUUUAUUCGGAAACACCAAUCAGCAAACUACUGGCACCACCGGCUUUGGGGGUGGAGCUUUCGGCACCCAGAACCAGCAGCAGACAGGUGGUGGACUAUUUGGCAGCCAACAGAAGCCUGCCGGUGGCGGGCUCUUCGGUAAUACAGGGACCCAGCAGACAGGUGGUGGUCUCUUCGGUAACACUACUUCGACACCUGGCUUUGGUCAGACUAAUACUCAGCAAGCUGGUGGAGGUCUGUUUGGCAAUAAGCCGGCCGCAACUACUACAGGCGGCUUGUUCGGUGGCACUAAUACCGCUCAGAACAAUACCGGUGGCGGACUGUUCGGUGGCCUAGGACAGAAUACCCAGCAGCAACAACAGCCGGCACAGAACUCUCUCUUUGGCGGCUUGAAUCAGAACCAGCAGAAACCGUCUCUCUUCGGCAGCACUACACAGUCUACCGGAGGAGGCCUUUUCGGCAAUCAGAACACUCAACAGCAAGGCGGUGGGCUGUUUGGCGGCUCCAUCACUCAGCAGCCACAACAGAACGCUCUACAGGGUUCCAUCUUCAACACAUCCCAAAAUGCCCAGUCAACUCCUCAGUCCUUGACUGCUAGCAUUAAUGAUGUUUCUGCAUACGGGACUCCAUCUCUAUUCUCAAACCUUGGCUCUGGAGAAGUGCAGAACCCUGGACCUCUCGCUACUCCCCUGUCCGGUAAAUCAACCAAGGCACGGCGUGGCUCUGUUCUGCCCCUUUGGAAGCUGAACCCGGGCUCCGCUACCAAGUUUGUGACGCCCUCCAAGAGAGGCUACGGGUUCUCGUACAGCACAUAUGGAUCACCCGCUACGCCGUCCAGCGUGUCUAGCACACCAGGCGGCCUUGGCCAGAGCCUACUAACCGGUGGAAGCAUCAGCCGCGCUCUCAGCAAGAGCAUCUCCACAAGUAACUUGCGACGCAGCUACAAUGUCGAUGACACCAUCCUAGGACCAGGUGCUUUUGCCGCCAGCUCUGGUUCUCGCUACCAUGGCAACAUGAGCAGUGUCAAGAAGCUGACUAUUGAUCGCAACAUGCGCACUGACCUCUUCUCCACCCCAAACAAGGACAAGCAGAACCCCGAGUCUCUUAAUGGUAGCCGGAAGCUCACGAAGAGGGUUAGCUUCGAUACCAGUAAUGUUGAGGCGCUCGAGAACGGAUCUCAGGACAGCGAACGACCCACCCCUGAGACCUCUGCUCAGGACCUCGGGUAUCUCCGACCAUCCAGCGGUAAUGCUGCUGUUGUUAAUGGCACUAAGACUGCGACCUCUACUGCAACACCCGAGAUGGAGCAAGUCAAGGGCAACGAACUCGCAGUUGUCCAUGAAGAGGAAUCUCCUGUUCCUGCCCCUAAGGUUACUGAGCCCUCAGAUGACAAGGAGGCAGGAGCUUACUGGAUGAGUCCCUCAAGAGAGGAGAUUCAAGGCAUGAACCGCGUUCAGAAGUCCCAGGUGUCUGGCUUCACUGUUGGCCGCGAGAAUGUUGGAUUCAUCAGGUUCAAGGUCCCCGUCGACCUGACCUCCAUUGACUUGGACAACAUGAUUCCCACCAUUAUUGACCUUCAACCUCGCUCGGCCACUGUCUAUCCCAACCUCGCCAAGAAACCCCCUGUUGGCAAGGGUCUCAAUGUGCCUGCAGAGAUCCAUCUGGAGCAAUCCUGGCCCCGUGGACGUGACAAGCGAACGCCGCUAACCGACAAGAGCGGCCCGCGUUACAACAAGCACAUCGACCGCUUGAAGCGCAUUGAGAACACAACAUUCAUCAACUACGACAAGGACACCGGCGUGUGGACCUUCUCCGUUGAGCACUUUACCACAUAUGGUCUUGAUGACGAUGAUGAAGACGAGACCGAGGCAGAUCUCGUUGGCGACGGCCUCGCUGUGCAGGAGCCAUCCACUCUUGGUUCGGGUGCCGCAGUGGAUGUUUCGCCUGAGAUUGACCCAGACGACACUUUUGAUUUCCAACGUCGAAAGCGUCGUGCUCUUCCGGGCGCCUUCGACUACACUGAAGGUGUCUCCGACGACGAAGAUGAAGAAGACAUGGCUGAUGACAACCAGCAGUCUUUUUUAUCUGAACGCUCCGCGGGUUCUGCGUCCCAUGCAGUAGUUCCAGUCGAAGACGAGAACAUGGACGAAGAAUAUGAAGCAUCCGAGGACCAAGAUGCGAGUGCUUACCUUGGAUACCAUCCCGCCGCGGAGCAACAACUCGACUCGCCCUACUUGGACGACAUGGCCGAAUACGAGCCCGAAACCCCGGGAGGCAUCAUGAGGGCUAGAAUGCGCGCAAUCAAGGAUUCAGCAACCCCUGCCAAGCUACAGGUCGCAGAUGGUGAUGACUGGAUGGACAUGCUCCAGAAAACCAUCAGCCCCCAGAAGAGAGACCGUGCUGCUCUCAAGACACUCAACAACACCGACACCUAUUACAACAUGAAGGAGAGUGUCCGCGACACCAUGCCGAUGGCCAAGAGUCGCGUCGUGUCAGACGGUCGCGGCUUUGCAACAAGCAUUGAUCUCAUGAAUUCGUUGUUUGAAAAAGCAAGAGCUCCGGUCAAGCCUGUUACGGUUCCGGCUCCUGCCAAAGGAUUUAAGUCUUCCGCGAAAGCUCUCAGCAACCAUAUUGGCUUGACCAUUGUCAACCUGGUCAAUGGCAUUCCCACCGUCAGCUUAGGAUCGAUUCCCAAGUUGACUGCCUUCUUCCAUGAACAGGAUAUGCAAAAUCCUGCUAGCGUUCAUGAGAAGUUAGUUUGGGAACUAUCGGCCAUCUUGUUCGAUGAGGUUACUGCUGAGACUGGCCUGAAGGUCACAGCACAGGACGAGAGCCGAACUCGCCGCAAUCUUCUCUCAACAUUUUGGAAGAAUCUAGUGGACGAUGCAUCCUCUCGAUCCAUUGGAAUGGCUAGAUCUCCCGAGGAGAAAGCUGUCGCAGCUCUCUCGGGUCAUCGUGUUGCGGAUGCCUGUAAAUAUCUCCUUGACGGCAAGAACUUCCGUCUGGCAACGCUCGUCUCUCUCAUUGGCACAAACGACCAAUCAAAGAGGGAUAUGCGAGAACAGGUAAAGGAAUGGCAUGACGGCAAGCUACUUUCCGAGUUUUCGGAGCCUAUCCGGACCAUCUACGAAUUACUUGGCGGCAAUGUUUGUGUUUGCGAAGGAAAGAAGGGUUCAAUGGAAGAUCGCAUUGAAGCGUUCGUGAUCUCCAAGCGUUUUGGCUUGAGCUGGAAGCAAGCUUUCGGCCUCAGAUUGUGGUAUGCCAUCAGCGUCAAUGAUGACGCAUCGGCUGCAGUGGAUUUAUUCAAGGACGAUAUCGAUCAAGACAAGGAGACCAGACCACAACCCUGGUACACGGAACAAGGCAUCCCAGGUCUGUGGGAGGAUCCAGACAAAGAGCUGCGCGAGGAUCUGCUAUGGGGCCUUCUUCGACUAUUUGCCAACGGCCAAGCUGACCUGGAGGAUAUUCUUCGCCCCGAAAAUUCACAGCUGUCGCCUUUGGAUUUCAGACUGUCAUGGCAGCUUGGCCGAGCCCUGCUCGCUAGCGGCAAAGUUUCGUUUGGACAGGAUGCUAAUGCAAAGGCUGAUGCUGUUACUCUUUCCUUCGCUAGUCAGUUGACGAACGAAGGCAGCUGGCUCGAAGCAGUCUUUGUUCUUCUCCACCUCAGCAAUCCAUCUGCUAGGGUCAAGGCUAUCCAGGAGCAUCUGUCUCGCCAUGCCGGCCAACUCGGCACUGAGCAAAGUGAGAGCUUCAACACUUUGACGCAGACUCUCAAAAUCCCCACGGCAUGGAUCUGGCAAGCCAAAGCGCUUUUCAUGCGUAGUGUCAAGAAGGACCCCAAGUCUGAGGUGGUUUGUCUGCUUCGCGCUUCAUCCUUUGUGGAGGCUCACAAGACAUUUGCGAAGCAAGUCGCCCCUGCUGCAAUCGUGGAACGGGACUAUGAUGGCCUCUAUAACAUUCUGAUGGAUUUCAAGGGACACGAAGACUCGAUUCCGGACUGGAAUCUUGGUGGGGAGAUCUACAAAGACUUCUUGCAGCUUAUGCAUCACCGCCAGAGGGGUGUACCAGUCCCACAUGCUCUCAUCGACAGCCUGAUGGAGGGCCUUCCCGCUAUGCACGAGAAUGCUCAGAGCACAGACAUCACAGAGGUGGCUGCCGUUGCGGAUAUGGCCAACUACGUGGCCAGGGUGGUGGUCGACCUCGCCAAGAAGGGUGGUAUGCAACUUUCCAAGGUUCUUGGCCUUCCCCUGACUGAGGAUGGAUAUCUGAAGUACUCUAACGAACUGGCCUUCGCGUAUUACAAGGAUGUAAUGGUUGGACGCGGCUGA